AUGUCUGCCCCUGCUGCUGGUAAUGCUCAAGGUGAAGUGCCAACUUUCAAAUUGGUUUUAGUCGGUGAUGGUGGUACCGGUAAGACUACUUUUGUCAAGAGACAUUUGACUGGUGAAUUCGAGAAGAAAUAUAUUGCCACUAUUGGUGUCGAGGUCCAUCCACUAUCCUUUUACACAAAUUUCGGUGAGAUCAAGUUCGAUGUGUGGGACACAGCUGGUCAGGAGAAAUUUGGUGGUCUAAGAGAUGGUUACUACAUCAACGCCCAAUGUGGUAUCAUCAUGUUCGAUGUCACUUCUAGAAUCACCUACAAGAACGUUCCAAACUGGCACAGAGAUUUGGUGCGUGUUUGUGAAAACAUUCCAAUUGUGCUAUGUGGUAAUAAGGUCGAUGUUAAGGAGAGAAAGGUCAAGGCCAAGACUAUCACUUUCCACAGAAAGAAGAACCUACAAUACUAUGAUAUAUCUGCCAAGUCUAACUACAACUUUGAGAAGCCAUUCUUGUGGUUGGCUAGAAAAUUGGCUGGUAACCCACAAUUGGAAUUCGUUGCAUCUCCAGCAUUGGCCCCACCAGAAGUUCAAGUCGACGAACAAUUGAUGCAACAAUACCAACAGGAAAUGGAACAAGCUACUGCAUUGCCAUUGCCUGAUGAGGACGAUGCUGAUUUGUAA